AGGGCGAAAACAUAUGUUAGCUUGCUUGGUGAUCGUCGAAAUGACAGCUGACGCAGCAAACCUAAUCGGCAGCACUACACAAACAGAGAGGAUUUCUCAACUCGUGAUGGGAGAGGAAGCCCUCACGGCCUCCUUCGGAACACUGACUAUAGGGCAAUAAGAUAGGAAGCGAGUGAUCUGGUUCGUUUCAAGUAUAGGAGGUUUCGGACUCGACGAACGCCACAGUCACCAGUUUAGAAAAUGCUAAACUGUUCAGAAAGUAUCACCAGUAAUAAUAAGGUAUUGACCAAAGUGGGUACCUUUGUGUGACAACGUAUCCAUCUGCUGGAUUUUAUUUAUUACGACCGAAAAGGAUGGGCUGAUUCCUGGGUGAGGAAUCCGUUCUUCUAGGCCAUCGCUGUCGUUACCCUAUAUCAGUGAAAUAAUGUUAAGCUCGAAUUGGCAGUCGAUCCUAGCCCAAGAUGCGCGAUGGAACUCAUUUCGACAACCUUACAUCCGGAAUAUGUAUCUUCGCCGUCGGUCGCAGCUGUUGGCUGAUGUUGUAGGGGAUGCACCUUCUCGAGGAUUUGACAAAAACUAUAUGCGCCUCCGUAGUCAGCUACUAACAUUAAUGUAUGGCAGCCCGCCUGAAUUAAGGCGCACUAGCCGCAGCGACAGCACUGCAACGUUUCAUACUGUAGAUCUUUCACUGACGGAUGCAUCGGACAGUGGUCGUCAAUGGACACCGCCCCACGCUCCGGAAGGUCUCACACCUUCGAAGGACGCACAUGCCAGCAGAGCUUUGGCAGGUAUCGGAACAGAAAGUUUGAGCAUGUCGUAUACAUUUUCUGGAGUGCAUCACAUUUUCGAGCAAGGGGCAAGUGUGAACCAUGUUGCGUUCGCCAACAACUGCCCGCAACUGUUGUGUACCGCAGACGCUCAAGGCGUUCUCUGCAUCUAUCAAGUAGACCCGCCCAAGGCGUUGCAUCGAAUUGCUGGGCAUAGCGGUCCAAUAGUUUGGGCAGAAUGGUCACACUCAAAUGACGUCAUUAUAACAUGUUCAUUGGAUGGAUCGCUUUCGGUUUGGGACGCCAUGAAAGGAGCGUUGCUACGCUCUAUACGCCUACAGUCGAACACCCAUGCUCAGCAGCAAUUAUCGCAACAACAAAUGUUAGGGCAGCAAAUACAGUUACAGCAGCAGUGCAACUGUGAUCCUGUUCUCUGUGCUGCCUUUCAACCAGCGAACAACAACAUGCUAGCUAUGGGCAGUGGACGUGGCAUGAUACAGGUUAUCAGUGUCUCAACAGGAAUGGUCGUCCGUGGUGGAAGUCAGCAACUGCAGAGUGGAGCUCGUGCUCUUUCAAUGGCCUUUUCCAUUUGCGGGACGUUGCUGUGGGUCGGAGACGAUAAGGGAAGCAUCAGUUCAUACGUCUUUGAUAUCGCUUCAGGACGACUAUCGCGAGGGAGAAGAUUUUGCGCUCCCGGGGGAGGUCCAGUUACGUGCCUUUCAUUUCGGCACUGGGUAAAUCGGCAAGCUCGCGACCCAUGUCUAUUAUUCGGAGCAAACGUGGCGAUAUUUCUGUGCGUCAAUGUAAUUGGUUUAACAAUGCAUCGGAUAUUAGAGCGAGGUAUGUGUAAGAGCUUUCUGGAUAUCCGCAACAGCAUUCUAGUUCGCAUGGAUAUGGCUGCUGAAAAUGAACGUCUCGAACGUCUUCUCCUGUCUAUCCUGCCUCAGCCGAUAGCUGCCGAGAUGAAAAAAGACACUGUGAACCCACGCAUCAUUGGCGAGUUUCAUCGAGUCUAUAUGCAGAAGCAUGAAAGUGCGACGAUCCUAUUCGCCGACAUUGUUGGAUUUACCGUUCUAUCGGCGUCGGUAACUCCACUGGAGCUUGUCAACAUAUUGAACGAUCUAUUUGGCACUUUUGAUCAUCUCUCAAAGAAAAACGGCUGUGUACGAAUCAAGCUUCUAGGCGAUUGCUAUUAUUGUGUGGCUGGCCUUACCAAAGAACGGCCUGAUCACGCUCUCUGCGGAGUUCAGAUGGGCCUUGAUAUCAUACAAGCGGUCGCUGAGAUAAGGAAGCGUAAAGAUAUUCCAUGCACUCUAAACAUGCGUGUUGGUCUUCACACCGGUAAAGUUCUCUCAGGCGUAAUUGGACUUCGGAAAUGGCAAUACGAUGUUUGGUCUAAUGAUGUUACAAUUGCUAAUCAAAUGGAAUCUGCGGGCCAACCCGGUAAAGUGCAUAUUUCAGAUAGCACAUUCGCUCUUCUUGAGGGAGCAUUUCCCGUCGAACCCGGCCAAACAAAUGCAGUUCUUAAACGAUUCGGAGUAGUUAAAACGUACUUCAUCGUGCCGCGUCCUAAUUGUGAAAAGAUCUGUUCAGGGUCAGUGGAUAGCCUAGAUUCGGAGGGAGAAGAUACGCUGCAAUCACAUGAAUUGGGAGAUGCGCGCGCACAACUCACGGAUGUAUCACGUGCCUCUCUUAAGCUGGCGAUCGAAGCUAGGGUGUUACAACAAACUAAUCCACAUCUGAUAAACGUUUGGACACUGGCUUUUAAGGAACGUAAUACAGAAAAAAAGUUCAACCUGCACCAAGACGUCGAGUACGUCACGAGUAUAUCCUGCUUACUGUUUGUUCACGCUUUCCUCAAUAUAUUGAGUCUUUUAAUGCUGCCCAGGACUGAACUACUCUGGCUAAUUUCGCUACUGUUCGUGCUGUGGGUCGUUCUUAUUAUGGUGGUUAUCUCAGAGGCGCGUUUCGAAGGACACUGCUUACAGAUAACCUACUUUUCUGUUAUACGCGUACCUGCGUGCACAAUCGCAAUUUUAUUACUGUUUUUCGCGGUUUUUCUUAAUCUUCUGACAUGUUACCCUGAUAUAGAACACUGUUCACUGACGACACUGCCGGAUUCCUACCUACUUUUGCCCUUCCUAGAAAGAGACCCGUCCAGGAACUGUUCGGCGCCAUCGUACGUGUUUCUCGUUGGCACGUUGUGUAUAAUCUCUGUGGCAGUAUUUCGUAUGACGCCAUUCCUCGUAAAGGCAUUUCUCCUGUUAUUUCUGUGCUCGUUCUUUGUUAUCUUCGUCAUGAUCACGCAUCCUACUUUGUUCGACUGUUUCGACGAAAAUAAUGACCCCAUAUUGCCCUCUCGUUGCACCGGUAUAAUCUAUCUCGCUGCAACUUCGUUAGCUGUAUUACUGCAGGCCAGACAGGCAGAACUAACAGCACGUCUAGACUACCUACUACAGUCGCGAACCAAUGACGAACAGCGAGAAAGGCACGAGUUAAAGGAGGGUAGUCGAAGAAUCGUUUUUAAUCUUCUUCCAGCCCAUGUCGCUAUCUACUUUCUACUCAGAAAAGUGAAGUCAAAGGAUCUAUAUUACAAGGAUUACCAUAUGGUAGGAGUUCUGUUUGCUCGGAUCUCAAACUUCGCCGAAUUUCGCAUCAAACAAGAACGAGCUGACCUUGGCUUCGACUGCCUACAAUUUCUUAAUGAAAUUAUCGCUGAGUUCGAUAAACUUUUAGACUGGGAUCACUUCCAGGCUAUCGAAAAAAUUAAAACGAUGGGAGCAGCUUAUAUGUGUGUCGUCGGACUUAUUCCCGAGUAUCAGAUAGAAGUGAAUGACCACCGAUCAGAGGUAGAGUAUAUGACAAUAUUAGGUGAUUUCUUCUUCAUGAUGCUUCAACGACUUCAAGAAAUCAACAGGAGGUCAGCAAAAUCCUUCCGUUUGCAAGCCGGGAUUCAUUGCGGCCCGGUGGUGGCUGGAGUAAUCGGGUCCCGUAAGCCACAUUAUGAUAUCUGGGGAAAUACAGUUAAUGUGGCCUCCCGAAUGGAGACAAAUUCACGUUCUGAGAGCUGUCUGGUUACAGCCGACGUCUACAAACUCCUUAGUGACAACUUCAAGUUUGAAGGACCUUACCGAAAAAUCGUUAAGGGAAAAGGCUCUAUGGAAACUUAUUAUUUGGUGGCCGCUAAGGCCGAGAGAAAAGCAAAAUAAAUGUUUUUAAACUGACCGGUCAAAGUGUCAAAAUUUUUUUCUAGAUGAUGUGCAUUAAUCGAUCUACUCUGAAUACUAGCAUCCGCCCAUUUAUAUGUAUAUUUGUUUGACCCAAAUCAAUUCCGUGAAGUGGUGAGACCGUGGAUUGCUGAGGUUUUACCUGAGAAGGGCUACGCGAACGAUGGAGCCGAAUGCUACUUGUCCGGUGCAGUAUUUUUACCAGUUUAUAGAGCAUAAUGUUAAUUUAUGCAAAUUAUUUUUUUCAGGAUCUGUGAAAAAUAGCCGUUGACAAUUUUUGACUUUUGCGCCAAGGGUGUCAAGGAGUACUGAGAAGCUGUUCAUUUUUCAAACUCCAUAGUGAAAUCGUUGUAAAAUUGGAUUCAUGGGAAAAAUUUCAUCUUUUCACAACUUAGCGAUAAAUCUUAGCUUAAAUGGUACACAACAGAUUGUGUACGAUUGGAGGUAAACCAUCAGCUUACUUUUCGACAGCAAAUACUUUUCCUGGGGAAAGCAGU